CAUGAAAGCAAAUUCAAAAUUUCGCGCCAAGAGAAAGGCACUGUGACCCGUGGUAUCAUACCAAAUCGCACGAACGGUUGAAAAGGCAUCCGGGACUCUUGCUGUCGGCCAUAGUGGAAAUGGCGGGUGUUAGCUUACGUGAAUGACGGCGACUGUGCUUGAGAUUAUCGUCAAAAAGCAAGUGUUCCGUGUGUGUUUCGCGACACGGAAGCGAUAACUCAGUGUCAUAUGAUUCAUCUGGAAGGUAAAGAUGCAGAAUGUAGCACAAGGAACAACCUCGGAUAGCCAAAAUCACGAAAAAUCAGCGAGCGUUCACCACGAUACUGGGAAGACGUCGUCGACUCCCCAGUCCUCGAACUCUAGUCCCACCAAAUCGGAAACCGAGACCUUUUCAGAAUUGCAGCCACGCUUUAUGACAGACUCGUCGGAGAGCGAAGAAGACAGCGUUUCAGAGGUGGAGUGUUUUGCAAUUGAUCAAGUUGAGUUGGAUGAAGAUAAUCAUCUAGAAUCAUCAAAGUUUCUAUUGAACCCAGAGGACCCCGAAAGGUCAGUAGAUCCUGUAACUCAAGCGCGUUUGGAAGCUCUUCUGGAGGCAGCAGGUAUAGGCAAAUUGUCGUCAGGCGAUGGGAAGCACUUGGCAGAUCACGAGGUGCUCCGUCGUUUAACGUCUAGUGUUUCUUGCGCAUUGGACGAAGCAGCAGCAGCAUUAACGCGUAUGCGUAGUGAUAAUCCACGUGCCCAAAACGAGAAGCGUUCGCUUGUGGAGGCCUGCACUGACGGCGACGUUGGUACAGUAAGAAAAUUGCUGACAGAAGGUCGCAGUGUUCACGAAACAACAGAAGAAGGAGAGAGUUUACUCUCUCUUGCUUGUUCAGCUGGUUACUACGAGCUUGCUCAGGUAUUAUUGGCAAUGAAUGCAAACGUAGAAGAUCGUGGAAUUAAAGGGGAUUGUACCCCUCUUAUGGAGGCUGCCAGUGCAGGCCAUGUGGAUAUUGUAAGCUUACUCAUAGCACAUGGAGCUGAUGUUAAUGCUCAAUCAACUUCAGGUAACACACCUCUUAUGUAUGGAUGUGCUGGUGGUCAUGAGGAAGUUGUACGGGUAUUAUUAGAAGCAGGCGCCAAUGUUGAAGAUCAUAACGAAAAUGGCCAUACACCUUUAAUGGAAGCAGCCAGUGCCGGGCAUGUUCCAGUUGCCAAAAUUCUACUGGAACAUGGCGCUGGCAUUAAUACUCAUUCUAAUGAAUUCAAAGAAUCUGCUUUAACAUUGGCUUGUUAUAAAGGACAUCUCGAAAUGGUGCGUUUCUUAUUGGAAGCUGGAGCUGAUCAGGAGCAUAAAACUGAUGAAAUGCACACUGCCCUUAUGGAAGCAUCUAUGGAUGGCCAUGUAGAAGUAGCACGUUUACUUUUAGAUUCCGGAGCUCAAGUAAAUAUGCCAACAGAUAGUUUUGAAUCACCAUUAACUUUGGCAGCUUGUGGAGGCCAUGUAGAUCUUGCGAUGCUACUUAUUGAAAGAGGAGCGAAUAUUGAAGAAGUUAAUGAUGAGGGUUAUACACCUUUAAUGGAAGCUGCGCGAGAAGGUCAUGAAGAAAUGGUUGCAUUACUUUUAAGUCAGGGUGCAAACAUCAACGCUCAGACAGAAGAAACUCAAGAAACAGCACUCACUUUAGCAUGUUGCGGGGGUUUCUUGGAGGUAGCCGACUUUUUAAUUAAAGCUGGAGCUGAUGUUGAAUUGGGUGCAUCUACUCCUUUAAUGGAAGCUGCACAAGAAGGACAUUUAGAUCUUGUUCGAUACUUACUUGAAUCUGCUGCCGAUGUUCAUGCUCAAACACAAACAGGAGAUACAGCAUUAACAUAUGCUUGUGAAAAUGGUCAUACUGAUGUCGCUGAUUUCUUAUUACAAUUUGGCGCUGACCUAGAACAUGAAUCUGAAGGAGGUAGAACUCCUCUAAUGAAAGCUUGUAGAGCAGGUCAUUUAUGUACUGCUCAGUUUCUUAUUUCCAAACAUGCUGAUGUCAAUCGGCAAACAACAAACAAUGAUCAUACUCCUCUUUCAUUAGCCUGUGCUGGAGGUCAUUUACCCGUUGUUGAACUUCUUUUAGCACAAUCUGCAGAUCCAUUUCACAGACUUAAGGAUAAUUCUACCAUGCUGAUAGAAGCUGCGAAAGGUGGACACACUAGUGUUGUCCAACUUUUAUUAGAUUAUCCUCAUAGUAUUAUGAUGACUGCACCUCAUAAUGCUGCUCCUGCCCCUAUGUUAGUUCCCCAACAACAGCAACAACAGCAACCACAGCAGCAACAGCAACAACAGCAACCGCAGCAGCAGCAGUUACAACAACCGCAGCAGUUACAACAACCGCAGCAGCAACAAUCACAGCAACAACAACCACAACAGCAGCACUCUACUCCUAUUGCACCUACAUUACAGGAACAACAGCAACAGCAGCAAGCUGGAGAACAAUCACAAAUUCAAAAUCUUCAACCAAAACAUAAUACACAAAAGUCAUUAUUAAGAAAAAAUCGAUCUGCAACUAUAAUACCAGAUACAAGUCUUACUUCUGCUGAAGCACAGCAAGUUCGUUCUCAACCUGCAACAGAAACAAUAGUUCCAACAAAGGAUGAUACCAAUAUUCUGGAUAAAGGUAGCGGAGGGUUCAGUGGUGUGUCUGCAUCAAACAUCAGUUUGAGUCCUGCACCAGCACCAACCUCUGGAUUGAAUAUCUCAGAAAGCAGAAAGAACAUUCGACAAGAACAAAUUCUACAUAAGCAACACAUCCUUGAAGAGUUGCAAAGGGUAGAAAAGGAACUGCAAAUCCAGGGAACAGGCCAGUUAUUUAAUGGUUCAAGAAAUGCCAACGCACGAUCUACUCAGCAACCACAAGCUCAACAGCAAGAAUGUAAUGACCCCGAAACUUUCAUACCUAGUAUGCUCAAUAUUGACUUACCAGCUCAACCAGCAACUGCAUCUCAUGGUUUAGUAUGCAAUACAACUGGUUUGUCAGGAAGUUCAUUAACGCAUCCAGCAACGCCUGAUGCAAUGACUCUUUACAAUAUAUUUCUCGAGGGAAAGAGAGUUGGCAUGGCCAGUGCAAUGAAAAAAGAAUCUUUCUCUACAGCAAAUAAAUUUCCUACUUCUCCUCCAUUAUCUCUUGCUGCUACAAUACCUUCAACAUCAACAGUAACUGUGGUGACUUCUAAUACAUCUUCAACGACUACACCGAGCCCACCUAGUAUUUCAACGCCGCCAACGGUUAUGGCAAUUUCGCAACCUAUUACUGCUAGUAGUGAUGUUAGCCAGAACACUGCAAUUAGUGAUCGCCCGAAAGCUAAACCUGUAUCGAAGAAAGAAGGCAAAAAUAUUCGUAAAGCUACAUCUAGUAUGGCAGAUGGGAAAAUGCAACAACAAUCGGCGACGUUGAUUGCUGGCCUCCAGCAGCAAUAUCAGCAACAACAGCAUCAUCAUACGUAUCAAGUUCAGCAAGUGCACCAAUUACAACAGCUAAAUCAACAACUUCAAUUGCAAUUAGAUCAAGUACAGGUACAGCAACAGCAGCAGCAACCACAACAGCAAGUACAACUACAGCAACAACCUCAAGAUCAACAACAGCAAGCACAACAGCAACCGCAAGCACAGCAACAACCGCAACAACAAUCUCAACUAAGUAGCAUUGUUGCUGGUAAUGGAGGGGGAGUAUUGUUGCCUACUCAAUUGAUGUCGCACCUACAUUCUCCUCAUUCGCAUCAUCUUCAUAAUCAGCAAACAACAUCUCAGCAGAAUCUUCCAGAACCAACAGAUCCUCAGCUAACAAGAUUACAUAGAGAUGGAGCUUGUCCAUUCUUUGCUGCUGCUCAAAAAGCAAAAGCACUUUCUAACAACGAAAGAGUAAUAAAACUUGAAGAUGGAACUGAUAUUCCUCUUGAUGAUGCUUUUGAAAUUUUCCGUUCCAUUAGUUUUGAUGAUACGAUCGAUGCAACCGAAGAUCAAGAGAAACUCGAAUUGAAGAAAUUGGAGGUUUCCAAUAGUAAGGAACAACAAAACCAACAGCAACUUGUACAAACUGCUCAAAUAAUUCGACAAAUAACUCAUCCUCAAGAAUAUUUUGGUGGUCCUGUACCUACUGUACCACCAGCUUCGUUACCUGCUUUACCAUCUUUACAAGUGACAAGUGCUGGAGUGCAAAUACAAGCAGACAUAAUUCAUAGUCAAGUAUUGAAAGCUCGACUUUACCAGGAAGGUUAUCGCGAUGGUCUUCAGUUUAGACAACAGCAGAUUAUUCACGAUACAUUUCAAUCACAAUUGUUACUGCAAUCUUCUCAAAUAACAUUUCCUACCCAAACACUACCAACAAUUACUGGAGCAGCAGGAAUAAUGGAUAAUAUGCCACAUCAAUCCAAUGGUUAUGUACAAUCUACAGUUUGUACCACGAAUCAAGUUCAGGUUGCCACCCAAACUCAAGCACCAGCAACGACCACCGUUGCAACUGUGAUUCCUCCCGACAAAAAACAAGUUUAUACAGCACCAACAACAGGUAAAGGGAAGAAAGCAAGAUAUCCGCUUCUUUCUCAGCAACAGUCUUGUCAACAACAAACAACUACUACUAGCCAGCAACAAACUCCUAACUUUCCAGCACAAAAUUAUCAAUUAGAUCCAGCAGCAGCUGCUGGUCAAUAUACAACAGGUGUUCCAGCGGUGAGUGGUUAUGCUACCAAUCAAGUACCACCAGUGCCAUUUGGAUGUAUGGAUGUAGAUUCGGAAACUGAUAGCAAUCAUGAUACAGCACUGACAUUGGCAUGUGCAGGUGGUCAUGAAGAACUUGUUGAACUUCUUCUAAGUCGUGGCGCAGAUAUAGAACAUAGAGAUAAAAAAGGUUUUACUCCGCUAAUCUUAGCAGCUACUGCUGGUCAUCAAAAAGUAGUCGAGAUUCUUCUUAAUCAUGGAGCUGAUAUAGAAGCCCAAUCUGAACGUACAAAGGAUACACCUUUGUCACUUGCAUGUAGCGGAGGAAGAUACGAAGUGGUUGAACUUCUCCUUAAUCGUAGUGCCAAUAAAGAACAUCGCAACGUUUCCGAUUACACGCCAUUGAGUCUUGCAGCAUCUGGUGGCUAUGUGAAUAUAAUAAAGCUUCUUUUAAGCCAUGGCGCCGAGAUUAAUUCUAGGACUGGUUCGAAAUUGGGCAUUUCUCCUCUUAUGCUUGCUGCUAUGAAUGGUCAUACUGCGGCGGUUAAAUUACUUCUUGAUAUGGGCAGUGAUAUUAAUGCACAGAUAGAGACAAAUCGUAAUACUGCUUUAACACUCGCAUGUUUUCAAGGAAGACAUGAAGUUGUUAGUCUUUUACUUGAUCGAAAAGCUAAUGUGGAACAUCGCGCUAAGACGGGAUUAACACCAUUGAUGGAAGCUGCAAGUGGAGGUUACGUCGAAGUAGGUCGUGUAUUGCUUACCAAAGGCGCUGACGUUAACGCAACUCCUGUUCCAUCCUCUCGCGAUACUGCCCUUACAAUUGCCGCUGACAAAGGUCACUGCCGUUUCGUAGAAUUGUUACUAUCCAGAGGUACUCAGGUUGAAGUGAAGAAUAAGAAAGGAAACAGCCCUUUAUGGCUUGCUGCUAAUGGAGGACAUCUCAAUGUAGUAGAUUUAUUGUACCAUGCUGGCGCAGAUAUAGAUUCUCAGGACAAUCGUAAGGUAUCGUGUUUAAUGGCGGCAUUUCGCAAAGGACAUAUUAAGGUGGUCAAGUGGAUGGUAAAUCAUGUAACACAAUUCCCGAGUGAUCAGGACAUGACUAGAUACAUAGCUACUAUUAGCGACAAAGAGCUUUUAGAAAAGUGUCAAGAGUGUGUUAAAGUAAUAAGAGCUGCAAAAGAAACUCAAGCUGCUAAAGCCAAUAAAAAUGCAACAAUACUAUUGGAGGAACUUGAUAUGGAAAAAACAAGAGAGGAAUCGAAGAAAGCAGCUGCUGCUCGCAGACGUGAAAGAAAGAAAAAGAAGAAAUUAGAGAAGAAAGAGGAAAGACGGAAACUUCACGAAGAAAUUAAAAAACAUGAAUCAAAUUAUGAUGAAAAAGAUGAAAAUGAGAAAAAAUCCGUAGACGAGGAAUGUGAUAGAGCGGAGGAUAGUGAGCACGAAGGCGGCGAUAGUUGUGAAAGAGUAGAUAGUGUACCUUCGCCUGUUAAUAGAAGUCCGGAAGAUCCUGAUAGAGAGGAAGGUGAUAGUGGUAUUGAUGCUAACAGUCAAGGUAGUUGUAGUAGUAAUGAUGUCAAGGCAAGAGAAAAAAAGAAAGAUAAGAAAAAGAAAAAAAGCAAUAGUCCAAGUAACAAUGAAAAGGAUACCUCUCCGCAACGGUCGUCUAAAUCCAUUAUCACGCAAAAUACUUCCUUACCUCAAAAUACUGUAACACCUACUAAAUCGCAAAAUGCGUCUUCUGAAAAAAGAAAUUUGAGUAAUGUCACCAGUGCAACCUCAACAACAUCUUCAUCGACUACAAAUACAAGAACAUCUGUCAAUUGCGGAGAACGUAAAUUGAAAGGACAAUUGGUAUUUGAGUCAUCGAGACAUCCAGCUGAUAGAGAAGAUUUUGAGGCCACUGGCAAUGAAACUUAUAUACCUGGAAAAGGAAAAAAACCUUAUAGUAAUCAAUAUGACGGGGAUUCAUUAAACACGACUCUAAAAGCAACUAGUACCACUAGUCCAAAACAAGGUGGUAAACGCGAGGAAGGUUGGAAAGAAGUCGUACGCAAGGGCCAAUCUGAUGAUUCGGGAAGAUUCAUGAAUUCUCCUUUCCGUUCUAAAAAAGUUGCAGUACCACCAAACGCUAUUAGUCGAGUAAUUGGUAGAGGUGGGAGUAAUAUAAAUGCCAUUAGAGGUGCAACUGGAGCCCAUAUUGAAGUAGAAAAACAAAGUAAAUCUCAAGGGGAAAGAAUAAUUACCAUCAAGGGAUCAUCUGAUGCUACAAAACAAGCACAUACACUAAUUGCAGCACUUAUCAAAGAUCCAGAUGUUGAUAUCCUGCAAAUGCUGCCAAAAUCCAAACUUACUGUUGUUACAACUUCAUCUUGGGAUAAAGCCAUCUCCACUGUUGCUGCAACAAAGGUUAAAGUUGGUCCUGUAAAUAAACCUACUUCUUUGGGAUCUACUGUCAGUAAUUCUCAAUCAAACAAAUCGUACAUGUCAGGAGUAUCCACAGCUAAUCAAUUGAUUCCUCUUCGGAGCGCGUCCACCAUAAAACUUGCUGGUGCCUUUCCAACAUCUUUACCAAGAGCUGCAGCGCCUAGAUUGGUAGCAGCUGCAGCCGAAAAACGUGCACAAGCUGCAGCUGCUCAAAUGGCUUCAUCAUCUAAUACAAAAACAACUAUGUCUUAUACCAGCGCAAUCAUGACAGCGGGACGAGCAACAAAAAUUGUGACAACAAGUACCACACAAACGUUUGCAGCUAAGCUUUCUGAGAUCACUGCCUCGACACAUACUUCUACCACUGUCAUGCAAUCGACUCAUACUACUGUAAACAAGCAAAAGUCUCUGCAAGCAAAUACUAUGACCAUAGUAUCAGCCACAGCUGCAGGUACAGCUACUUCUCAGCAGUCACUCGUUAGUUCAUCGCCAAAGCACUGCCGACCACUGCCUACUUUAUCAUCUGUCCCUCCAACAAUCGUCUCUCAUUAUGGUGGAAAAUCUAAUUACUUGUCUGGCUCAAGUGUAACUCCGGCUGGCAUUAACGUAACAUCAACAUGUUCGGAAACCAGCCUGGUGUCCACCUCUGCUAAUUCUGUACGUGUAACACCCUCACCACCUCAGCAACAACAACAACAACAACAGCAGCAACAACAACAACAACAGCAGCAACAACAACAACAACAACAACAACAGCAGCAGCAGCAGCAACAACAACAACAACAACAGAAACAACAGCAGCAAUUGCAACAGCAACAACAGCAAGUGCGUAGUUCUACUCCUAUUGCGCCUACAUUACAAGAACAGCAGCAACAGCAGCAGCAGCAACAACAACCAAACAAUGCACCACUCGAAUAUUCCCUAUUUAACGAUAGUUUCACAAAAGUGGCACAGCAAUCUAUGUGGGGUGGCAGAGAAAAUGAAUCUCCAAAAAGCAUGAACUUUGCUACAGUUGCAGGAGGUGGAGUAUCAGUAAAUACAUCUGGUACAUCAACAUCCAAAUUCAUUGAUAGCGUUCCACCUCAGGUGGAUGCAUCAAAGGCACCAGGUUACAGAGGAACAGCUAUGUGUUCUCCUGUUUCAAGUAAAACUAGUGGUGUAACAAAUACUUCUGGAAAUGCUAUUAGUAGUGGUAUCUCAUCCUCCGUACAUAAUCCAAUACAACCUUCUCAAUAUCAAUCCUCUGCGAACUAUAAUGAGCAUCCUCUUCCGAAUAAGCCACCUGGUAGUUUAGCUGUAGCUCGACCAGUGAUUCCUCAGCAAAAUAUAGAAAUCGGUCAAUCUACAAUGACGCAAUUUACACGACCGGUAUUUCAAGGUGAUCUUACAACCCGAAAUCAGACAACACAUCAACCACACGUUAUGCCCUCUACAUCUCAGCCAGCGCUGGAUGUUGGUCUAUUUAAAACUAAUAGUGGUAGUUACGAACAUCCAAGCGUAAAUUCAAGUUUACUUAAAAUGGUACCAAAUGAAGGGCAAGCAGCACAUCCUUUAUUACCUUUCCAUCCUCAUAUGCAAAAUUAUACGCAGACUAUACCACAGUCUGCUUCUGUAAACACUACCGUUAGUAUGUCCAGGUUGAAUCCCAGAGCGCCUGACUUCUCUAGUUCACUGCACUUGACUAGCAAACCACAAGUGACUAUGUUUAAUACAGGAUCAGGAAUUCAUCCUAAUAUGUUUGCUACUGUGCCAGCACCUCCUCCAUCCGCGAUGCAAACCAAUAAUUUAGCCAUGCUGGGUAAUUUCCCUUUAGGAAAAUAUCAAGCUCCAUCUCGUGGAACACCCACUACUGGUAUCUCAGCAAAUAGUCAAACUCGUUGGCCAUUUGUACCUCCUCAUACUAAUUAUCCUCCGCAUCAAGAUCCAAUGAUGGGACAAAUUAGUUUUUCGAAUCAUAUGGCAAAUAUGGCCGGUCAACCUGGUAAUAUAGACUUAAUUACAAGUCUGGAAAACGGAGGAUCACCAACAAUAUCACCAUCGUCACCGGCACAGGUGGCACAGGAAAUGAAUCAAUUAAAAAUAGAAGAUAGAAAAGUUCCACGGCCAAUUGGUACUGAAAGAGCAUGGAAAAAUUAUACAACUGCCGGAAUGGGACCUGGUGGUGAUGCCGAAUCCCUCAAUUGGAUGCUUAAUAACGAAAAAUUAGUGGGAUCUUGGUCGAAUUUAGCUCCUGGCAUCGAUAGGCAUCAAAUGUUUCGCUCAAAUGCUACCUUCAACCGUAUAUCUAAUGUUGAUCCCGAAAUUCAUCAAAUAAUAGAAUCUUCCUUCCAGGGCCAUGUGGACGCUCAACAACCUUUUCCUAAUGGAAGUGCUGCCACUUUAUCUUUAAUGCCAGGUUUAACUUUAUUACCUGGACAAUUUGGGGCACCUGGAUUAGCAGAAAUGCCUCCUACUGAACCAACGAAGUUAGAUGCCGCUCCUUCUUGGGGAAUUCCUGAUGCUGUUCAAGACAAACAACAACAUCCGGGGUGGAAUAAAUGGACUCAUUAAACAAAGAUCUCUCAUCUGAAGAUAAUAUUACUUUGAUCUGAUCCGGAUGAAGAGAAAUAGAUUCACAAUUCAAAGUAGCGAUAGAUGGAACUGACAUUACGAAGCGUUGUUUCUAGGCUCAUCAACUACAUUACUACCUAUUAUAUUCAUUAAACUACAGAUUCAAUAUUACUUGUCAUGGUAGAAGAUAAGAUAGCAAAUCCUUACUACAGCUUAUUGCUAUUAUCUAGAGUAAUUAUCCGAUAAAUAUUGAAUACGGCAUAAACAGAUUAAUGACGGCGAAGGACCGACAGAAGAGAAAGUAAUCUAACAAUUAAGUUACUUCGUUCGUUCGUUCGCUCGUUCGUUCGUUCGUUCGUUCGUUCGCUCGUUCGCUCGUUCGUUCGUUCGUUCAUAAGUCGAUCCUUAAUGCCGGUAGUAGCACGCUCUAGAACUAACCAACAAGAAUUGAAACGAUGUUGAUGAUGGUGACUCUGUUACUCUAUCAUUGGAAUACUCUGCCAAUUUGCGAAAUACGAAUACAAUAUUCUUUACCAUUCGAUGCAACGUGUGCGCAAAUAUUAUAAUGCAAAAAUGCACACUUGUAAUACAUAUGCACCAGAGACAAAUAUUUAAUUUUGAUUUGAACGGUAGUAAAAUCUAUGUAAUGCGAAAAACAUUUACCAAUGAUCUAUUAUUUCAUCAUUAUCAGCAGUCUCUUUGAAGCUUCUGUAUUCUAUAUUCUGUAUUCUUAUAUAUGUUUUAAUUUCAUUGAAUAUAAGUAUGCUGUUAAUGAUAAUUCUUUAAUAUAUAGAAGACGCGAUAUAACCGUUAAAUAUUUUCGCGAAUUUCACGAAAGUCAUGUAUAAUUCAUGGCUUUGCGUUUAAAUUUGAAUACAACCAUAUGCUGAAAGAUACUGAUACAAAUAAGUGGAAGUUCAGAAUCCUAUGUAAUUUCGUAUAAUCGAUAUAUUCGUUCUUCCUGUUAUAUCCUCUAUACUCGCUCAUAAUCAUUUAAUUGAUGCUGUUAGUACUAUAAUUCCACUGCACUUUAUAAAAAUCAUGUUUAAUAUCAUUGUUAGCAGCGAUGAUAAUGAAAAACCUAUAGCGAACAGAUUGUAUAGAUUGCAACGAACGCGCACUUUUGGUGUUGCAUUGGCAUUAUUCAAUAACUAUGCUAGUUCGGAGCUUUAGUUCACCAUUCUCUGACGCAAGCAUAUACGGAUAUAUUAUUUUCAGAUUGUCCUUAUUAACAAGAUAAUAAUCACCACCAUGUGACAGUUUAUUACGUGCACAGAUUAUCGUAUGACUGUUAGCAAAGAGAAA